UGGGAAGGAGCGCGCCUAGCAAGGACGCGCUGUUUGUGUCUCGGGGACGCGCCAAGCAGUGCAGAUGUGUCGCAGAUUUGGAAAGUCACUGUACGUACGGAAAGAUCUAGUACAAGGAAGUGAAACGGGGAAUACAACCUCCUAACUAAAACGAAAACAAGGCUUAAUCGAGAGGGGAGGGGCGGAGAAGACGGUUUUGUUAUGCGACAAGCAUUCUCAUGAACAGUUACUUUUUUGCAUUGGACGUAACCACAGUGAACAGUCGCUAUAACAGUUUGUGCGUAUAGUUGCCUAUUGGUUCGAUCCUAUGGAGCUGUCAGCUAUUGGCGAACAAGUGUUUGCCGUGGAAUCAAUCAUUAAAAAAAGAGUUAAAAAGGGAAAUGUGGAAUACCUGCUGAAGUGGAAAGGAUGGCCUCCCAAGUACAGCACAUGGGAGCCUGAGGAGCAUAUUCUGGACCAGCGCCUCAUUCAGGCCUAUGAGGAGAAAGAGCAGAGAGACAGAGCCUUGGGACAUAGGAAGAGAGGCCCCAAACCAAAGCGACUUCGGCUACAGAACACAGUCUACACUAUGGACUUGCGGAGUGCCCACAAGGCUCCAGAGAAGCCCCAAGCUCGCCUGCGUCUCUCCCUGACCCGCUCACUGGAUUCUGGGGCUGAGGAGCAGACGUAUGAAGCCUGCCGGAGAAGCCUGCCCCCACGGCUGGACGACCUUAAGAACCAACCCCACAGGUCACAGUUUGUGUGUCUCACUGCUCCUCCUCGCUCCCCCACCCCAACACAAAACAAGGACUGGGGAGGGAGGGAGGAGGGGAAUGAGGACGAGGAGGACAUGGAGGAAGAGGAAGAAGAGGAGGUUAGACAGGAGUCGGUCAGACAGACAGAGAUAUGUGGUGGCAUGCUGAAUGGGCAGAAAGGGACCAUGGAGUGGAGCUCUGCUAUUGGACCUGAGGAAAUGACAGCAUCUGAGAGGUCAGACGUUUGGAGCCCUGUGAUUGGCCCAGGAGAAGUGACAGUCACUGAUGUUACAAUCAACUCCCUGACGGUGACGUUCCGAGAGGCCUUGGCAGCUAAAGGUUUUUUCAGGGGCCUGGGCUUGGAGUUCUAAGACACACAGCGACAAAAGGAGAAAACUUUGACAGGGAGGGUGGAGAGAGACAAAGAGAGUGAGAGGGAGAAGUAGAAAGAGAGAUGGGUGGACGCUUUGGAAAUAUGGAAAGCUCUCAAGUUCGACUUAUCAAAUCUAUUAUUAGUUUCCUCCUCUACCCUCCCCAGCCUAGACAGUGCAAUCUCUCUUUCUUCUUAUCCCUCUAUCGCCUCUUCCACACUAACUUCUACUGUUCAAUUCUAUAUUUGAGCAUUCUGAAGGGUACAAGAUGCUGUCUACUAACUACAUUGAAAUGGUCAUAGACACUCAUACAAUGAGAUAUUCAGAAUACACUAUAGAUGCCACUAGCCUGUACAAAAUGGAUUUGUGAAGUACUUAUCUAGACUGUUAUUUUUUGUAAACAUGUGGCUUAUGAGUUUUGUAUGAUUGUUCAGAUCCUCUGCAAGAAGACCACAAUCACCCUGCAUGCCUUUUUACAUGCCUCACACACCCACACAAUGGUGUAUUGGACAUUAUUUUGUUACCCCAGCCACUUAGUGUGAUAUUAAACAAAUAUGUUGUUUAAAAACCAAGAACUAUGACUUGAUAACAGUCUGUACUGAAUUGCACUGCAUUAACAUCGUGAACUUGAUGUGUCAUCCCUAUGGAAUCUUUCUGGUUGGCUCCCAUUGGUCAGAGGUUGUUUAUCCAACUGGGGUGAUUGGUCAGAGUCUUGUGACUCUACACUCUCUCUGUGACCACAAAGACAUGAGUGGAAGUGCCUGAUGUUUCUGUGCCAUUUGCAGGACUAGCACACAAACAUAGAAACUGCCCCAUCUAUUUUGGUCUGAUAAGAGUGUAUGAACUGUCUUUUGUUAUGAUUGGAGCUUAUAACUCCAGAAUGAAUUAUAAGGGUUAAACUGAGAAGAAGCAUAAAAGGAGUGUGAUGGAUGUAUUUGUGGUCAUUAUUUUUCUAUAUUGAUAUGAAUGUAGUGUAUUUAUUCUCAGAGAGAGAACCUUUGUGUAUCUGUCAUGUAGCAGAUGAACUGAAAAGUUUUUAUAACAUUUUGUGAUGAAGAUUGUGCUGACUAAUACGAUGGCCAUUAUGAUUAUGAGACUUGACCUGGAUAAAGUACCUUUGGUAAAUACUGUCAGUUUUAACUACUUAGGGGUGCACUUCAUUUAGGUUGACCUGUGCAAUUACAUGAAUGGAACAAUCCCCAUAUGUGCAAACUCUGACAUAUAUUCAACAUACAGUUACCCUGCAUAUUUGACUAUUGGAAUUGACCCAGGUCUGGAUGAAAUCAGCAUGUUUGAUGUUGCCAACAUUUGGUUCCAGCUUUGUGCUGCUUCUUGAGUCAUUGCUGAGUAAAGAAAAAUUGCACUUUAUGUCCAGUUCAGAAAUGUCCUGUAGUAAAAUUUCUGCAAUAUAUCUUCCAGUCUACAAAUGUCCAUGUGUAUACCAUUUUUAUUUCUAUUGUACAAAAAUAAAUGUAUCAUGUUUAACUAGA